AUGGCGCCCAUCUCAACUUUCGAGUCGACAAUAACGGACGGGGAGAGCUUCACCACCCUAUUCGUCUGUGAAGAUUUCUGUCGAAGUAUCAUCGUUCCCAUUUCCACCGGGGCCGGCAGUCAAGCUCCCCCAGAAAGGACAACGGGUGUGGCUAACCCGCUCUCGUCGCCCUCGUCGGCCCUCUUCGUGUCCUCCGCAACGGGGAGCACCCCGCAUAUCCGACUAUCCGCCUCCGCGACCCCAUCACCGUCGGACCGCCCCAAAACUACCUUUACCAUUCCAGCUGCUCCCGCGUCAGCCCAGUCACCGUCAGACCGCCCCCUAACUACCUUUACUCUGUCCGCGUUCACUUCAAAUUCCGCCUCCGCUUCGCCUUCUGCAUCCAUAUGGCGUACUGCAACUUCCGAGAGGGAAGUACCCAGCUCUCCCUCGACGACUUCGCAUGCCUCGACGAACAGUCCUGCCACGAGCUCCCGGGCCCCUCUGAAGACGUCGUCCAGCGGUAGCUCCUCAGCUUCUCCUCCAGCUUCAGCCGAGCCCGCUCACCGCGUUGUUCGUACACCGACCCUGGUGCUGGCAGGCGCCGUUGUUGCUUCCGCCGUGCUGGCCGCUGCGGCCGCUGCUUUUCUGCUGCGGCUAUGGAUCCGUCGCCGACGCACCCACACGCUGCUUUCGACACAGAGCAGAAUUUCCGACAUGUCCGCCUGCAGUGAUCUCUCCCACUCCAUGGCAGCUGUUCCGGCUGGACGCCCGUGUUCCCGUGUCCUGUCGAAGAGUCAGGCGGAGGGCGGUGUUAUGAGGGUGCGCCCACGCACCCGUUCCAGCUUGUCCGAGUCCGGAAGCUCGCGUGGGGCGCUCUACGGCAGCGCGACGAGCUUCGGGCCGCCAUCCACGCCCCGAUCGCUUGCCGCCGCCCACGCCGAUCGUAAAAACGACCAACAGCACGGACAAGAGCUCCCGAUCCCCCCUUUGCCUGCUCCUGCCCCUCCUUCGACGGAGAGCCUACCGGAACCCCAAGGAAACACUUCCGACGUCGAGCGGGAGACGGUGGAGGUGCACUCGGAGGCGCAUCAUGCCGGCGAGAGACUGCUCCAUCUGGCGCUCCCAUGGGCACUGGGGCAGCGCAUGCUCGCCAUGAUGGCGGGCGAAGACCGGGUGGGGGGCGAGGGCGAGGAGACGCUGCCUGCGUACGAGCCGCGUGUAUAG